AUGAAUUCGGCUCUUCAAGAACAACUUAGAAAACAACCGGGUUUUAUUAAUAAAUCGAACAGUGCGUCGCAAUUAUCCACAGAUGGGAGUUUGUUGGCUGGAGCUUCUGUGGCACAGCCAAUGGUGUGGACUCCACAGGCAAUAGGAUCCUAUGCGGAAGUGGUUUCUAUGAUUGAAAAAAAUGUUGAAGCAUGUCGUAAUGCUCUGAUGCACUGUAACGGAUCAUGCUGUUCUGGGCAGAAAAAAUGA